UGCGUUUGCUUUUCACAACAAAAGCCGCCCACUGAGAGUUCUGCUUUUUUUGGAAUGAAAACAUGGGGGUUUUCUGAGCAAUCUUUCAAAUUAUUAGGACAUGUAAACAGCUUAAAAUCGGCAUUCCAGCGGUGUAAUUGAUCUGCGCAUAUGCCAGAACCGGGUAGCGCGAGUGAAGUGAUUGCGGAAAACUGCAAAGCGGCCAUGCUACGGAGAAGCAGGAACAGCCAAGCUCCGCACUACGUGUGGAGCGACAUCCGACGAGACAUUGACGCCGUGGUACUGGUGAAUGACAGAGAAGAGUGGGGCGACGAACACACACAGAUCAGCGACUCGGACUCAGAAGUGGAUUACCUGGCCGUCACCCCGGAGGUGACAGACGUUGUGUCCGACACGGUGCCUGUGACAGGGGAGUCCUACUGUCACUGUGACGCCCAGGAGGAAACAAGCCCUGGGGCUCUGCUGCAGGGCUUCCAGCCCCUCAACGACUGCCUGUGUGGAGAGGAGGACAAGGGUUUUGACUGGGUGUGGGACGAGGGCGUUAAGUCCAAUGCAGCGCUCCUGAGCUGUGACAACCGCAAGGUGAGCUUCCACUCUGAGUACAGCUGUGGCACAGCCGCCAUCCGUGGCACCAAGGAGCUGACAGAUGGACAGCACUUCUGGGAGAUCAAGAUGACGUCACCCGUCUAUGGCACAGACAUGAUGGUGGGCAUCGGGACCGCUGAGGUCAACCUGGACAAGUUCCAACACAGUUUUUGCAGUAUGCUGGGGAUGGACGAGGACAGCUGGGGACUUUCCUACACAGGUAUGCUUCAGCACAAAGGGGACAAGGUGAAUUUCUCGUCCCGUUUUGGCCAAGGCUCCAUCAUAGGGCUGCACUUUGACACGUGGCAUGGAACCCUUACCUUCUAUAAGAACCGCCGACGUAUAGGUGUGGCCGCCACCAGGCUGCAGAAUAAGAAGUUCUACCCUGUGGUGUGCUCCACUGCAGCCAAGAGCAGUAUGAAGGUGAUUCGGGCCUGCUACACCCCCACCUCCCUGCAGUACCUCUCUUGCUCUCGCUUGCGCCAGCAGUGGCCCGACUGCCCUGACAUCCUGAACGUGCUGCCCCUGCCCCCGGGCCUGCGCAACCUCCUCCACAACCAGCUUGGCUGGGUGUUCACCCUCAACAACGGUGCCCCCGAGCAGUCUGAGGACUUGAUGGAGGACUUGAAUGAAGACUUCGUUGAUGACUUUGCAGUGGAGUUGCCUGAUGACUUGCCUGAUGACUUGCCUGAGGAGCCUAGUCCAUGCCCGAGCCCCUGUCUCAGCCAGGUGUCCACCCUAAGUGCCUGCUCCUUCCCUAGCCCUGUACCCAACCAUGCCAAUGCCCCUGCCUCCUCUCGCCCAGUUCCCAGCCCUGCUUCUCCCUGUCUGCCCACCCUUCCAGGGAGCAACUCAGACAGUGAGGACAUUACUUUUCUUUUCAAAUAUCCACUCAGAAAUGUUAGAUAAAGUUGGCACUUUAUCUAUUCUGAACCUUUCUAUAAAUGCCAUUACCAUCUACUGGUGGAAAAGUUCACAAGAGUGAAAGAGUUUUAUCUUAGCUCAGAUUUCGAAGCACUUUAAGACUUUCAGAGUGGAAUGCUCUCACCCUCGAGACUGUCCUUCCAAACUCUCCCCAGUUUGCCUGGCUGAAGGGAAGGGGAAGACGGCCACCCCGGAUAUCCACCACCCCGCUCGAGUCAGAUGACUUAGUUCUAAAUCUAAUGUUAUCUACUGUAUGUACACUCCCUAUACUGAAUGAUUGGAUCCCUUGAUAAAGAUGAGCAAAAAAGACACUCAAAUAUAAUACAAAUACUGUGCUAUACUGUAUGCAACAUUUAUUUUUACAAUAUUAUUUUUUACUAAUACUUUUGCUCAGACUAAGAGAUUUUAUUUAACAAGUAAUAAAAAAAAUCUCUAAAAGAUAGCGGUCAAAAUUAUUGUAUCCCGUUUUCCAUGCAGAAUCUUUCCAGGUCCUUGAUAUCCUUUGUCUGUGCUUAUGGACUACUCUCUUCAAUUCAAACCACAGGUUUUCAGAGGUUCAAUUCCGGAGACUGAGAUGGCCAUUGAAAAAUGCGUGCUUGUGGUUAUUGUCUUGCUGGAAGAUCCACUUGCAGCCAAGUUUCAGCCUCCUGGCAUAGGUAACCAGUUUUUUUGGGCUAAAAUGUCCUGGUACUUGGUAAAGUUCAUGAUGGUGUUGACCUUAACAAGGACUCCAGGACCAGUGGAUGCAAAAUGGCUCCAUAACAAAGAACCACCACCAUAUUUUACAGUAGAGAUGAGGUAUUUUCUGCAUAUGCAUUGUUCUUUUGAAAGUCAAACCCACUGCUGUUGUGCGUGGCCAAAGACCUCUAUUUUUGUGUCAGAUGACCAUAUAGCACCGGUUCCAAUCCAAGUGCCAAUGCCAUUUAGCUAAAUCCAGGAGGUGCUAUGGUCAGAUGACAUGAAAAUAGGUAUUUGGCCACACACACACGAAUGGUGGGUGUGGCCUUCUAAAGAACAAUGCAUAGGCUUAAAUUGCCUACGUGCAAUUAACAAUCUAAAUGUUUCUAGAAUACACCAUGGUGGUCGUGUUCUCUAAUAGGGCUUUGCUCUCUGAUAUUUUGCAGCUUAUCAAUUUCUGAUUCAUGCUUUACUUAUAGUAGCUAGAUUUUAAUGUAUUUUUCUGGGAUAGUCACCAUGUGACGUGUCCUGCAGUAAGAUGUUUUUAUUUUCUUGCCAUUUUGUAUAACCUUUCUUGCUGAACGCAAAUGAAUAGUAAAAAAAUAAAUGUAAAACAUCUUGUGUAUUAAA